AUGUCUGACGAUGAACUACCCGUGUAUAUAAUUCCUAAAUUCUCGUCGUCGUCAUCGUCUUCUAGCGACUUCCAGUUUUUGGCGUCUGUUGCUCUUGCAGCCUUAGAAGAAGACACUGCAUCUUCUUUUGCACACUCACGAAGAUAUAUUUGGAGAGACCGACACUCGGCUCAUGAAAGAUUGAUGAACAUGUACUUUGUGGAUGAGCCAAUGUUUGAGGACGAUGUCUUUCGUACGAGAUAUCGUAUGUCGAGGAGGUUGUUUUUGAAAAUCGUGGAAGAUAUCACUGUAGCAUUUCCAUGGUUUCGGUCUUCGGCGAAUGCGGCGGGUAUUAGAGGGUUCUCGGCGAUUCAAAAGUGCAAGUGCACGCUACGGCAACUAGCGUACGACAACCUCGCCGACAACUAUAGUGAGGGGUUGUCGUUCUCUACUAGAACAGCUCAUGAGUGUCUAGACAACUUUUGCAUCGCCAUAAAGUAUCUUUAUGGUGAAGAGUAUUUGCAUUCUCCGACUAGCCACGAUGUUGAGCAUUUAUAUGAGGCGCAUGAAGCCUGA